GUUGCACGUUUAACGAUCCGCUGAAGGAAAGUCACAACAACCGACUGUUAAGGUUGUGCAUGCGUACAGUAAAUAUAAAUCCAAUAAUACGCUUUGAAACUGUAACCAUUUUGAUGCAAGGCGUAAAAUGAGCACGCAGGCGUCAACAUCUGGAUCCGUCAAUGAGGCUAAAGGCAGAAGAAGUGCUGAAGAUGUCCCAGACUCCAAAACACACUUCAGAGUCUGUCGGUUUAUCAUCGAGACUGGAGUGAAGUUAGGCAUGAGAUCAGUGCCCAUGGCCACAGCAUGUGUGCUGUAUCACAGGUUCUUCCAGUCGGCCAGUCUUCAGGUCUAUGAGCCUUACCUAGUGGCCAUGUCUGCCAUCUACCUCGCAGGCAAAGUAGAAGAGCAGCAUCUCAGGACAAGAGAUAUCAUCAAUGUCUGUCACAGGUAUUUUCAUCCAGAAAGUGAUCCACUGGAACUGGACGGGAAGUUCUGGGAUUUGAGAGACAGUAUAGUGCAAUGUGAGCUGCUCAUCCUUCGGCAACUUAACUUCCAAGUGUCUUUUGAGCACCCACACAAGUACCUGCUGCAGUACCUGCUCUCUGUGAGGAGUCUUUUGAAUCGCCACGCCUGGUCUCGAACCCCCAUCGCAGAGACGUCCCUGGCUGUAUUAAAAGACAGUUACCAUGGCUCUGUGUGUGUCCGCCAUAAGCCUCAACACCUAGCCCUCACCUCCCUCUAUCUUGCUCUCCAGACAUAUGGAGUGCAGCUCCCCAGAGGAGAACUAGAGUGGUGGCAGGUUGUUUGUGCAGACAUCACCAAGGCUCAGAUCGAAACCAUCAUGAGUGAAUUACUGCGGCUCUAUGACAUGGAGGCCAAGUGUACUUGAGAGACAAAGAAUGAAACGGGUACUAAAACACUUGACAUGGAAACCAACACCUCCGGCUGUAUAUGUUCCUCAGAGACAUUUUGUGACUGCCUGAGAUCUGUGACGAUGAUCUUAGAUCAUGCAUUGAGCCGUCUUUCUCCUGAUGUUGUGAUUUAACCUAAUGAGCUCUACUUGCUAAUUACAUCACAGGACGUGAAGGUUUCUAAAGGCUCUUUAAGAGAGAUGAGGGGAAUUUAUAUAUAUCAUUAUCAUUGUAUCAUUAUAAAGUGGUGGUAUGAAAACCAGACUUUAGCUACACCACAUCAAUCAAUUCCCAGCCACCGACCUACUUCCUUCUCCUUCCUUGUGCUAUUUUUCCCCCCAAAAGGAGGGGGGGGGUUGCAAAAGGGAUGGAAUAGCUGAUUGAAGGAAGAAGGAAACCAAAAAAAGAGCCAUCCUGUCCCCAGAGCUAAAUUCUGAGAUAAACGGUUAGAUCUCAGCCAUUUCUUUUUUAUAUUUUCUAAUUUAAUUACUCUCCUCCUCUCCCUGCAGAACUUGUCCCGGUAGGCUUCUUUAUGUAACUCAUUAAAGCAGCAUUACUGUAUGCUGUAAAGCAAAUCAGCACAGUUUUAGUAGACACCAGACUUCUAUUUCAAACUUCAAUAACAACACUUCACUGAAUUUAAACUUUUCAUAUUCUCAGCUAAAGAUGAAAAUGAACUGACAGGUUCAUUCAAAGUAUAUUUAAAAAUGUCAUUUCUAAUAAACAUUUUUUUUGCACUAAUGCCUUUUUGAAACA